AGCAAUGUAGCACAGUCUGGAGGAGGUACACUCUUGUUUGAUCAGUUGACGUCACGUCCCACUGGAGCUAAAGGAAGAGAGGUAGUGGCAGGUCCCACUACUAGAGGGACUGUCCCUCAUUCCUCUUCAGCCCCUAAGCCUCAGUUGGAGUAUCAAACUGCCAUGGAGCUUGAGCUAUGGAAAAUGCAACAAGAAGAGGAAUUUAUGAAAGGACUCAAGGAAAAAGAAGAAACUCAACUGAAGCUACUGGCAGAAGAAUUUCAAAAGAGAGACAAACAGAGAGAAGACGUUUUGAAGCAAAAAAUGGAUUAUUAUCAAAGUCUAGAGGGACAGCUGGCGAAAACUCUUAAAGAGUUAGAGUCUCAGAGACAGAAACUGAAGGCAAGAGAGCAAGACAUGGUCUCCACACAAAGAAGACUUGAAGAUGAACAAAGGUCUCUUCAGUAUGAUGCUAAACGUGAGAAAGGACUGCUUCAGUCAGAACUAGAGGGAAACCUUCAAAUUGAAAAACUCAAAUCAAAGGAGUUUGCCAUUCAGUUGGACAGAGCGAGGAGACAGGUCAGUGAGCUGGAGAAUAAGCUCCUUCAGAGAGAAGCUGAGUUUGAAAUGUAUAAAGACAAGAUUCAUUCACAAUCGUCGGAGACACAGCUGCAAACAGAACUGGGGCUAUUGAAACUAGAGAAGGCUGAAUUGGAACACAAGCUAGAAACAGUGACAAAGUCGAAGCAGCAUUACAAAGAUGAAUGGAGCAAGGCACUGAAGGAGGUAGCAUCACUGAAGCACAGGGAGCAAACUGUAAUGAGGGACCAACUCAAGAAGCAGCAGCUGGAGCUGGAGGCUAUGAGAGUCAAGUAUCUCAGAGCUGAAGAGCAGCAGUCCUUACAACAACAGCUCCAACAGAUUAAAGAUGAGACACAAAGAUUACGUGCACAAGCAUUAUCAAAGACACCUGUACCAGGGACCCCUCGCCAUACCCCUACCCGACAAACCACCCCCAUACUCACCUCGCCACGUCUCCAAACCAUCGACGCUAACAUUGCCAGAUGGAUUGAAGAAAGGAACAUCCUCCUACAGACUGGAGUGUACACUCAUGCUGACCCAACCAUACAGAAACUGGACAAGAAGAUACAGGAAGCAUUAUUAGAGAAGAGAUCAACUUAUAAUUCUAGUUCUUAAUAUCUUUUCAGGCACACGAGACUCUCACCCACAUAGCCCCUUGUCUAUAUUUUCUGUAUCAUCACACAAUGUACUGCUAUUAAAAUUAGCUCUAGAGUUCUUACUUAUCUUUUACCCAUUUUACCACCUAAAGAAAUUUUAAAAAUAA